UCCGCUCGGUCUGGCUGAACGCAGCCCGGUUUGAUUACAUGUGCGCUGACUUACAAACAUAGGCAUACGUUCAUUUUCUCGUUUUAUCUUCUCUGACCUGUUACCUGUGCCGAGAGUCCUUAGGAAACACUUGAUUACAGGUCAACAAAUUCUGCAUUAAAAGAAAGUUGAAGAUGAAUACAUACUCUUCCUGCAGACUCCAUAUUUAGCCAGACAAGAUGCAGAGCAAUAUGCUUUGUCGCUGUUCGCGAAGAACAAAAUGUAUAACAUUUGUCUUUUGUGUCGUAGUUUCAUCAUUUACGUUAAUAUGGAGGUUAUUUGGAACCUGGCCGUUGUCCAAACAGCGAUUCUAUUACGAACCUGUGCGUCAAAUUGUUACUAAUGAGCCCACGAGUCACGUUAUUAGAAAUCAAUCCAAUCCUUACCAAUAUAUGUUUGGUCCCGCGCUAGUGCCUAACAUUCCAGAAGAGUAUUUCCAUUCGCAUUUAAAUGACAAAUACAUUAUAUACAGAUGCGACGGCAAUGGUUUGUGUGGUGGUUUGGCUGACAGAGAGGAAGGUAUCGUGGCCGGGUUUUUAAUAUCGCAGAUGGUGGGAAGAAAGUUUGGAAUCAGGUUUACGGUACCCUGUGACAUAUCAACGUUUCUCCAACCGAAUCUCGUCAACUGGACGGUGGACACCGGAAACUUCCGAAGUUUCACGAUGAGACGAGUGGAAGUGAUUGACCACGAUGCGUGGAAGUUAAGAGAACAAAUGAUCAAGAUGGAUUUAAAUGUGUCCUAUCCAGAAGAUGUUGUGUAUUUUAAAGUCAAUCAAGAAUUCAUACAGUACUUGUUGAAAAACAAACAUUUCAAGACUCUGAAAUGGGCCGUCAAUUUAACAGUUCCAGAAAUAUACAAUGUAAUUUAUCGAAGAUUAUUUCAACUAAGACCGCACUUAGACCAACAGUUCCACAAGUUUCAAAUCCGCGCCAGAGCGAGGAACCGAAAGCUUGUGUGUACGCAGAUCAGAGUUUGGAAGAACCCUACAAUACCCAAUGACUACGACCCUGGACAAAGGCUGGAUCUAAACAUCAUUUGGGAUUUUUUAAAACAAUACAACGACAGUAGUAAAUAUAGUAUAUUUGUUUCCACAGACUCUGAGGACGUUCGAAAGACUGGCGUGAGACUAUUUCCGGACGCCAUAGUGGAUAUUGGCGGGAACAUCGUCCAUAUUGAACGGUCUAGCGGCCAGCAAGUGUGUGGCGGGUUUGCUAAGGUCAUACUGGAUCAACUGGUUCUCUCCACGUGUGAUGUUUUAAUACUCACAUCUAGUGGCAUCGGCAGAAUCGCGUCUUUCGUCAGAGGAACCAGCGACGAGCUGUACUGUACGUCCAAGGGCAAAGUAGAACGAUGUUCUUUGUCUGAUCCUGGAUAUAUCCCAUAUGGGUGGUAGUUCACGUCAUCUGAACUGUAGGUCUAUAUGUUCAUCAGAUCCUGGAUAUAUUGUAUAUGGGUAGUAGUUCACGUCAGCUAAACUGUAGGUCUAAAGCUUCAUUAGAUCCUGAAUAUAUCCCAUAUGGGCGGUAGUUCACGCCUGCUGAUCUGUACAUCUAUAGGUUCAUUAGAUCCUGGCUAUUUCCCAUAUGGGUGGUAGUUCACGUCAGCUAAACUGUAUGUCUAUAUGUUCAUUGGAUCCUGGCUAUAUCCCAUAUGGUUGGUAGUUCACGUCUGUUAAACUGUAGGUCUAUAGGUCCAUUAGAUCCUGGAUAUAUCCCAUAUGGGUGGUAGUUCACGCCUGCUGAACUGUACGUCUAUAGGUCCAUUAGAUCCUGGAUAUAUCCCAUAUGGGUGGUAGUUCACGUCUGUUAAACUGUAGGUCUAUAGGUCCAUUAGAUCCUGGGUAGUUCACGUCUGUUAAACUGUAGGUCUAUAGGUCCAUUAGAUCCUGGGUAGUUCACGUCUGUUAAACUGUAGGCCUAUAGGUCCAUUAGAUCCUGGAUAUAUCCCAUAUGGGUGGUAGUUCACGUCUGCUGAACUGUACGUCUAUAGGUUCAUUAGAUCCUGGGUAGUUCACGCCUGCUGAACUGUAGGUCUAUAGGUUCAUUAGAUCCUGGGUAGUUCACGCCUGCUGAACUGUACGUCUAUAGGUUCAUUAGAUCCUGGGUAGUUCACGCCUGCUGAACUGUAGGUCUAUAGGUUCAUUAGACCCUGGAUAUAUCUCAUAUGUGCGGUAGUUCAUGCCUGCUGAACUGUGUCUGUAGAUUCACUAGAUCUUGGAUAUCUUCCAUAUGGUUGGUAGUUCACUUCAUGUUCUUUUGUUGAUGCAUUCGGAGCAUGUUCGUUUUCUGAUUCUGAAUGUGUCCUAUAUGACUGGGAGUCACUUCAGCUAUAGUGUACGUAUAUAUUAUAUAGGUACAUGUAUAUUAGAAACAAAAUGGACAAUAUUUCACAAUUACGGGUAAUCGAAAAUCGAUUCAUCUUAAUUUUCCUCUAGGUAACUAGUUUUUCAGUUACAUGAAUUUUUAUGAACGUAAGCACUGAAUUGCCUAAUCAGGUACAUGAAACUGGCACUGAGCAGUAUUCAUCAAGUUUCGCGGUUCGUGUUAAUUCAAAGAUGCGUAACCGACACGUUAACAGAACUACGUUUUGCGUUAAAUAGUGUGCCCUGAAACCAUGUUCCUUUUCUGUUCCUCUAAGAUUUAAUGAAUAGGGGGUUUCUGACUUUUCUGAAUUCUGAAUUCUGAAUUUAUCUAGAUGUAUGAUGGUAUAGCAAGUGAUAUACCAAAGGUCGUGGUGUGUGCUAAAAACUUGUUUUUUAUUUGCUUUUUAUAAUAACCUCAAUGGACUCAUUCUUUAACUGAUCACAUCUUAUGAGAUCAGAUUUUGUUAAACAAACAGAUCACAUCUUGGCCCAGAUUCUAAUUUAAAUAGUUGUUUAUCUUGUAAUAUAAAUGCAUUAAGAGUAGGUAGGCCUAUUCAAUAAACUUUAGCACGAGCGGGAUGUAGCCCAGUGGUCAAGCGCUUGCUUGAUGCGCGGUCGGUCUGGGAUCGAUUCUCGUCGGUGGGCCCAUUGAGCCAUUUCUCGUUCUGGCCAGUGAAACAAGAGUGGUAUAUCAAA